AUGCCGCCACAUCCGGACGAAGAGUUCUUCUUCGACCUCCAGCUGGAGAAAAAAGGCGAGCUAGAGGCCGUCCACGCUUUUGCAAGGUGCUUGACUGGCGUGGAUGAUAUGUCCAAGGAAGUUUUCUAUGAAAUUACGCGGACAAGUGGAGGCUUCCAGGCUUCUCUGCGUAUUCCCGCCUGGAGCAGCGAGCCCUACGAGGGAGAGGUGAUGCCGAAUGAGAAGCGGGCAAAGAAGUCUGCAGCCCACAGCUUCAAGACAGAUCCAAAAGUGCUGGAGCGGUCACGCAGAUUCCCCAAAGGGGCGAAGCGCUUGUCGGAUAUGACAUAUCUUGAGGCAUGCAGCAAGAAGAGCCGUGUGAGCACAAGCCUCUGA